AUGGCAGGUCUUCAGUCUAGGGUCAAUAUGACCAGCCACUUUUCACUGGCCUCAGCCUUCCGCAACCUCUCUCUAUCCAUCCCGAAGCGUUCUUUCUCUACGACAUUGGCACCGCAAUCCGACGCUAAACUUCCGGAACAUAUCCCACCUUAUCCUUUCGGUCCCCGACAAUGGUACAAGCAAGCCGACACCGGUUUGUACGGCGGUGCCAUGAUCCGUUUCGGUAACAAAAUCUCCAAGGGUCGCAACCACGGCAAGACACGACGAAGCUGGAAGCCCAACGUCCGCCGCAAGAAGAUGCACAGUGAUGCCCUUGGCGAGGACCUCUUCAUCAAGCUCACACGGAAGGCUUUGCGAACAAUUCAAAAGGAGGGUGGUCUUGACAACUACCUCCUCAGCGACCGGAUAGCCCGUAUCCGCGAACUCGGCAUGUUUGGAUGGGAGCUGCGAUGGAAGGUUAUGCAGACACCUGUUAUGCAAGAACGAUUCCGGGAGGAGCGUGCUAAGCUCGGUGCUCCGGAGCCGAAGUCAUUCGAGGAGUGGAUUAAGGAUAAGGAGGAGGAAAUCAAUGCUAAGGUUCAGGAGCGACUGAACGUUCAGGAUGUCACAAAGCCCCGUAACAAGGGCAAGGCUGAUCCUCAGCGGUUACAGCAAUUGCUUGAGUCGUCCAAGCAGUCUUGA